GAAAAUUAGUGACAUGUCGCUGAAAAUCAAACCUUUUUUUUCUCUUUCCCCGACUGACAAUGGGAGAGCCGCUAUCACCUCUUCAAGGCCCUCCUCCGGAUCAUCGCAUUCCACGCGAAUUCUCAUGUAAACAACACCGCCAUCACUCUGAACUGAGCCAUGAAUCGACGUAACCUCCGUCUCUGGGAGUCGCCACUCCGCCGAAGGGUGGGGGUAACCGAUCAGCCAAAUGAGACAAAAAACCUCGGCAAAAGCGGGCAAAAGUUGUCGGAUGCUGUCUGGCUUAUUCCGCACGUAGACAGUCGUUCAAAACAGGGGGGGAUUUCGCGACAAUUUAAUGGGUUAUCGUGUGUACCUACCCAAUCCCACGAAUAAUCCACCCAAUUUAACCGGAUUAAUCGCAAUCGAGUGCCACAAAACAGUGAAAUUUUGGAGUUGGAGCGGUGAUAUGAGAAUUUUAGAGUCAAAAAAUCACGAAAACGUGUGGAUAAGGAGUGGAUAAUUCCCGUUGGUGAACAGCUGACGAGUGGCAAGUGUAAAAAAGAGAGAGAGACUGACAAAAGGGGGAAACUUCAACACUUGAGGAAGAUAAAACAAUUAAGCUGAUAAGCGUGCGCUUGCAAAUGUCUGAAUGAGCACGUAAUUCUCGCUGGAAUAGCUUUUACCACUGGGUUAUGUGUUUCGUAUGGCUCGAGGGCCGGGAAUAUGGCCACUGUUUUCGAGAGUCCAUUUCUGUCGAAUAGACUGCGACAGAUCGAGGAACGUUACGAGGAACCGACGACAUUUGGGAGAUGUGACUGCACAAGCUAUAGCUAUCUAGCGUUGAGUGUUGUGCUGUUUAUCAUUGGCACUGCUAUUACCAUACUGGCACUUGGUGAUGCUGCCAAUGGACAAGUGUUCAGUAAUCUUGGGCACAUGUGGCUUGUUGGACCGAUUUUCAUUUGCUCAGGGCUCAUGGUCGGGGCCAAAUGCAUUCUGUAUCUCAGGAGGAAGUCGGUUAUUCAGAUGCUUGUCCAUCAGCGUCAGCUGUUCAGGCAUUUACAGGAGUUAGCAGGAGCUCAAGGUGUGAAUGGUUCCGGUGCAGGUACUCCUGGGCCUCCCCCUUACGAUUCGAUAGCUCAAGGUCAAGGACCCAGUGAACUGCCGCCACCGACGUACGCCGAGGCCGUUGCUCUACUCCAUCAGACUGAUAUUCAUGGUGCAAAGCCCUCGAGCGAGUCCCAACAGGAUGAUGGUUUCCCAACAGUUGGAACCACACGAGCCAAACCCUGAAAUGCUUCCAAGUACUUCUGUUUUUUUUUCUAUUUAUUAUUAACGACUUCGAUCAGGAUAAUGUGGUUAAUAAUGACGACUGAUUGUCAACUCACUACGAACAAUUUUUUCUUUUGGUCUUAAUGGUCUUAAUUAGGAAGCGGUAGGGCCAUUGUGCAUUUUAAGAUUUCCUUCGCAAGGUCAAGUCGUGAUUGAACAAAUUUAAUUUUCCUCCCUUUGUUUUUUUUUAUCGACUUAAGUAGUACUUAAUGCUUCGGAGGAGUGACUGGUGAUGCAGCUGUAAUUCUUAGCUUUAGUUCGAUUAUCGUAGGUUUUUCAAAUGCAAGUACUAUCUGUAUUCGUUGCAAUCCCAAUAUAGGGACAUUUACAUUAGGCUUUUUUCGUUGUUUUUUCAGCAUUCUCGACACUGUUUAAUGGAGUGUUUGAGUCAUGAAGUUUUGGGCAUAAAUUUAAUAUUUUAAUUUGUUUAUGAAGAUGUAUGAACUCUCUUCGGUCUGUUAGUGAAUGAUUUUAUAAUUGACGGGGCGGGUUUUUGAAAUUUUGGUGAAAAUGAAAAUUUUAUCGAAAACUGUCAAUUCAAUUCAACAAAGAAAUAUUAUUUGACUCGUGAAAUGUGAGAGGGUCUGUAUAAUUCAGCUGGGGGACCCCCGUUCUCCCCCACUGCUUCGAGAAUCUAAAAUGUACACCAAGUUGACUUCAGUUUUCUUGUAUAAAAAAAAAACAGAAUCUAGAGUAAUCGACUCAUUUUGUGAAUUGAAAAAAAUAUUUUUCUACUGAUACGGUCUCAAGAAUUAAGACUGCAUUCAUGCCUUAAAAUAAUUCUAACGAUGCCUCAAGUGAGAUGUACUUGAAAUCAUGAGGUCUAAAAAUGGAAUUGAUAAGAAUUGUUUUUUUGAAAAAGACAAAUAUCGUGAUGAGAAAAUACGGAACAAUUGGUCAGUAUUACUGCUAAGCGGAACGAAACAAGCUGUUUUUUUGGCAAAUUUGAUAAAAAAAAUUUCGACAAUUGAAUUUACCAAGUACUAUAAUAAUCUCUCAUUAAUUAUCAUAAACACUCUCAUCGACGCAUCAACGUUGAAUCAAAACUUAUCAAUAAUUAAUGAUUAGUAGACACGUACAUACCUCGUGUAAUGCAUAAAAUAAUUUUUACAAUAAUCAAUUGUGAUGUUUUUCUCUUUUUGUAUGUAUAUACAUCCAAUGAAAUAUAAUUAAUCUGAAGGAAUAAAAA